CUGUGAAUCGUAGUUAGCCAUGCAUUCCGAUCUGCACCGUUAUCUGAUCGUCGCCGUGGGGCUAACGAUCGCCCUAGCACCAGCCCUAACCACCGGCCAGAUGGGCGAUAUUGCACGGCCGAUCGAAAGCAAAGAACUCAAGUGCCUCGUGUGCAAGGCAUCGAUGGCGGAAAUGGAGCUGGCCGCAUCGAAGGUUGACCCGAACAAGAAGGUUGAGGUUGGCGAUUACCGGCUCGAUACGACAGGUGAAUCGAAGAAGAAGAAAAAAAUCCUCUACGCCAAAUCGGAAAUGUAUCUCACCGAGAUGAUGGAAACGGUAUGCGACCGGAUGGAUGAUUACGCAAAGGCACGCUACAAGAAGAACGGCCGUGCGGUGGUAAUGAAGAUGAUGACCGACGGUGGCAUGAAUCCGGACAUGGCGAACGUAAACUUUGUGCAGGAGGGCGAUCUGAACAAAACGCUCAAGCACCUGUGUUUGGAGAUUGUGGAGAACUACGAUGAGGAUAUUAUCCGGAUGUUCCAGGAGGAGGUGGUGAAGGAUACGGACAUUCGGUUAUGUUCGCAGGUGGCCAAAUACUGUAAAGAGCAACCGCUCGACGAUGAGUACGAGUACGAGGAAAGUGAGGAGAGCCGGGAUGAGCUUUAGAUA